GUAGCCGUGUGCUCGUCCUCAGGGGCAUAAGUGCACACACACACUUCUAGUCACCCUACUGCGCCUGAGAACAUUGUAAAAUUAGAAAGUGUCCGCAUGCUUUCUCUUCUGUCUACCUGACGACUGCUUCGAGUCACCUUUAUUCAUCUAUACAGAGAUGCCGUCUUUUCGAGUGUCACUCUUCAUUUUGGCGUCAUCCUACUGCUUCACUUUAACAUCGUGCAGGCCAGCAGGUGGCCACCUACGGAGUAUGGAAAACUUCAUCCAUGCAGUGCAACAGGUUGAAGAGUCCAACCCGGGUGUGUCGCCCCUGGAGCUGGUUAGGGCCUUGCGCAGGACCGCUGGUCAUGACGACGCCAUGACUAUCCAUUACCUGAGUGCUUCAAAUACCCUCAGCGAUGCCGCAGAGCUAGAGACCACCAUCCUAAAUGCCUCAUCCUUCAGCUUUUUUGACAAGGCAGUCCACCACAUUGUGACGGACAGUGGCGAGGAGCGAGGGGUGACGCUGACCCCGGACGGCACCACGGUCGCCCUGGCACCAUUGCUACUGGGGAUCGAAUCCGGACUCAAAGCCAAGCAAGAGACGACCUCAGCAAUCGGACUCUUUCCUCUCACCUUGGGAAGGACACUUGGGUUAUCCUUCCUCAGCCUUCAGGACAUCCCGGUGUCCUUUCGCCUGGGGCCUGACGGGUGCUGGGACAGCGUAGAACGCCCCAAGGUGUUCAGAUUGUCUUGGCCUGCCACCCUGGCCACUGACGCAGUUAUCAAUGGGGGUAUGGACGGAGUAAUACUGGGCACGGACAUCAGCCUACUACCCACAUCUGAAGAGCCACAUGCUCUUAGUGAGAUCCUAAAAGAAUACUACAGUUUUACCCUGCAUGCAAACCAGGGUCUUGAUACAUUGUCCAGACAUGUUAGUCCAAGGCGAAGGGAGAUUUCUCGAUCUAUUUUGGAGCCCCUUGACCUUCAGAAGGAGGUGAUGGACACACUCAAACUGGUCUGGAGGUUGGAGAAGACAGAGUGGAUCGCUUUGGACACUGGAGUCAACAAGUCGGUGAAGGAAGGACUAAGGGCAUUUGUGCACAAGUACUGGGAUUGUCCUCAAAUCAUCUCUCGCUGCCAGUGGAGGGCAAAGGCUCACAAGGGAACCCCCAUACCGCUAUCUUUACCCCUCCAAUUUCUCUACGUUCACCACACCUAUGAGCCCUCGAGGCCCUGCUUGUCCUUUCCAGAGUGUUCCAAAGACAUGAGAGCCAUGCAGCACUUCCACCAGAAAGUCCGCAACUGGAGCGACAUUGGAUACAGCUUUGUGGUGGGCUCGGAUGGUUACAUCUACGAAGGCCGCGGUUGGAACCACGUUGGAACGCACACGCGAGGACACAACAACCUCGGACUCGGCGUAUCCAUCAUCGGCAACUACACUUCCACACUUCCAUCGCGUCACGCCAUGGACCUUCUACGGCAUCGCUUGACGCGCUGCGCCGUGGACGGAGGAAAGCUUGUGGCCAAUUACACCAUUCAUGGCCACAGGCAGGUGGUCAACUACACUUCCUGUCCCGGAGAUGCGCUCUUUUCUGAAAUAACACACUGGGACCAUUUCAGACACUGAGUCCUCCAUAUUGUGCAUGAAAUACCAUCGUGCACAUUGUCAUAUUUAAACUCUAGAAGGCAUGCUCAUCAUAAUGAUAAAUUUUUCACCGCAUGUGAUUCGGAUUGAGUUGGCAUUUUGUUAAUGUGAUCCCUUUUGAAUUUUGUAAGUCUCAAUGCUAUCCUCUGCAUGCUUCAAAGUUCAAAAGGUAUCAAACACCUGUAAAAGUAAAAAGUGUUUUUUCCUGAAAUAUCAUUUCCAUAUUUUUUUUUUGCUUCAGAUUAAUGAUUGCAAACUUAGUCUAUUAAAUUUUUCACUAUAUAAAGUAACAAUAUUUUUAAAUUGCUCAAUGCGCGAUUGUUUCCAGAUAACAGCAUUAGAUGCAAAAGCUGAAUGUACGCAAUUUUCAAAAUGAUCGAACAUACAAAAUCAGAAAGACUAUAAGGCUCAGACUCGGGUCAAUUAAUGUAGCCUAGCGUUCAAAGCAUACUCGGUGAAGCAGAAUUUAGUUGUUAUGCUGCACGCGAAUGAAAUGAGCGACCAACAGAAUUGAAGUCAGUCCUGAGUGUAAACGCUUUUCAAGCCAGGUGAAAGGUUUACGUUCCCCCCCCCCACCCCCCUACUGUUUAAUAUUCUUAUUUUUUAAUUCUUUUUAAAUCAAUUUCACAAAGAGCUACUUAUUUCCUGUCAAUGUUUUAAAUGUUUUGAGAGUCUUCCGUUCAUGUGUUGUCACUGAACGUUCUUCAUUUCCCUCUGCUUUUGGAUGGAGUUAGCUGUUGUGUUUUGAAAUGCGUUUAGGUUUUGUGUCUUUGGUUCUGUGAAGCACAAUGAGUUUCCUUGUUUAUGAAAUGUACAAUGCAAUUAAAGCUGCCUUGCCUAUGACGACUAA